AUCAGCCAAUGACAGGUAUCCGCCAGAGCUUCCUCUCCGCCUACUUCGCCCCCCCCCCGCCGCGAAUGCUCGGAGAGUGGCCAGGCGGUGGGAGCGGUGGCGGCGUUGUUUCUGAGAGGAGCUCAAGAUGACCGGCUCUAACGAGUUCAAGCUGAACCAGCCGCCGGAGGAUGGCAUCUCCUCGGUGAAGUUCAGCCCCAACACUUCCCAGUUCCUGCUGGUGUCCUCCUGGGACACGUCCGUGCGCCUCUACGAUGUGCCGGCCAACUCCAUGCGGCUCAAGUACCAGCACACGGGCGCCGUCCUGGACUGCGCCUUCUACGAUCCAACUCACGCCUGGAGCGGGGGGUUAGAUCAUCAACUGAAAAUGCAUGAUUUGAAUACCGAUCAAGAUAAUCUUGUUGGGACGCAUGAUGCCCCUAUCAGAUGUGUUGAAUACUGCCCAGAAGUGAAUGUGAUGGUUACUGGAAGUUGGGAUCAGACAGUUAAAUUGUGGGAUCCUAGAACUCCUUGUAAUGCCGGAACUUUCUCUCAGCCUGAAAAGGUGUACACCCUCUCAGUGUCUGGAGACCGGCUGAUCGUGGGGACGGCGGGCCGCCGAGUGUUGGUGUGGGACUUACGGAACAUGGGCUACGUGCAGCAGCGCCGGGAGUCCAGCCUGAAGUACCAGACCCGCUGCAUACGCGCCUUUCCCAACAAGCAGGGUUAUGUAUUAAGCUCUAUUGAAGGUCGGGUGGCCGUUGAGUACUUGGACCCCAGCCCUGAGGUGCAGAAGAAGAAGUAUGCCUUCAAAUGUCACCGACUAAAAGAAAAUAAUAUUGAGCAGAUUUACCCAGUCAAUGCCAUUUCCUUUCACAACAUCCACAAUACGUUUGCCACAGGUGGUUCUGACGGAUUCGUAAAUAUUUGGGACCCAUUUAACAAAAAGCGACUGUGCCAGUUCCACCGCUAUCCCACCAGCAUUGCCUCCCUCGCCUUCAGUAAUGACGGGACCACACUUGCAAUAGCAUCAUCAUAUAUGUAUGAAAUGGAUGACACGGAACAUCCCGAAGAUGGUAUCUUCAUUCGCCAAGUGACAGAUGCAGAAACAAAACCCAAGUCUACCUAAUCAUCCCGUGAGAGUGGCUUCCCUGUGGAAGCUUUGUUUCCUUCCUGCGAAUACGUGGUCUCCCGAAGGGGUGUGUUCUAAUCAUUGUGGACACGUCAUUUACUUGGUGGAUCUCUCUGCUUUCUGUCUUGAAGGAAAUUUGUCUGUGUACCAUUUAAUACUCUGUGUAGGACUGGGAGUCUGUGUGUUCUUGUGCAGCAGUCUGAAGAGUCGUCUUCUCCCCCAGCAAGCCCGGCGCUGUUUCUGAGCAGCACGAGCUCGUUUUGUAACACAGUCUCCCCUGUUAUUUCUGUGCUGUCUAAUAAAUCAGAGAUUCAGAACCCUUACAUGUUGGAUGUUUUUAAACGUUGGUGAUUAGUGUAAUUUACUGCUUAAAAAGGCUCCGUAAGGCAAAACCCCCUUUAUCAAGAGCAUGGUGGGGAUGACAGUUUACCUUUAGAUCCACGCUGCCUCUCUUAAUUAGGGCUGCUCUGAUGUACACUGGGGGCUCAGCUCUGGAUAAAGUGAUCUCCUGGAGUCCUGCCAUUUCCCUCGUGCCCCUUCCCUGGAUCAGCAGGGCCUUUGAGCCAGCUGUGCAGCUUCACUCUGGAUGGGCACAGACUGUGUGGCAGCCGGUGGGUGCCCUUUGGCACGACACCCUCCUGGUAGUGCCAGCGCAGUAGGAUGCGUGUAGCGUGUACCUCCCUGUGCGCGUAGCCAAACGACAGACCCUUUUCUGUUUAUCCGUCAAAUGCUAAAUCAAAGCGGAACCCUGGGGAAGGGAAAUAAUGUAAUACCAAGAAACCGAUUAUAUGGGUUCUUUAGUAUGAUUGUUUUUUAAAUCCCUAACGACUUGGUUGAGGACAAAGCAUAACUUGCAAACAUUGUGUAAACCAAAAGGGAAUUAAUACAGUAUUAUAAAAGGUGACCAAGCUAAAGCCAUGCUGUGGACCUUUACUUGAGCUCAUAGUGUCGGGGAGCUUUUUUUGUAUUUCCACUUGGAUGUCUUAACCUAAACUCGCUCUCCUUGCCUCCCCUGUGUACCGCUUAACCAGCUCUUCACAGUUUGCCUGUUGAUGAUUUUAGCCACCUUUUCCCGAAAUUACCCAGGUGUACUUACCUUGGUGUUUUCAUUGGUCUCCCUUAUCCACAUAUUCUUCUUUAUUUCUUAGUUUCUGUUUAUUCUUUUCUUCAUAUCCCUACUAUCCCACAGCCUUAGAGGGUCACCUCGGCCCCCGUCGGUGAUGCAGCAGCCCCCAGGCUCUGCUCCAAGUCCUCCAUCUUGUAACGUGGUGACUUUCAAACCUUUUGGCCAUAAAAAAAAAAACUGUGGUGAAGAUAGACGCGCCAAAACAUUCGUCAACACAACUUCUGCAUUUAUAGUUCAGUGAUAUUGAUUGUAUUUUUCGUGUAGUAUCACCAUCAUUACUAUCCUUUUCCAAAAUAUUCCGUCACCUUUAACGUAAAACUCACUGCCCCCCAAACUAAAACUUCCUCUUUGCCCCUCUUCUACCUUUGUUAACCAUUAAUAAUCUUGGAUUUCUGUAUAUUUGCUUGUUUCAUUUCAGUGAGAUCAUACAGUAUUUGUCUAUGACUUUGACUUCACUAGCAUGCUGUUUUCAAGGUUCACCCAUGUCGUGGUAUGGAGCAGAGCUUCAUUUCUCUUUAUGGCUGGUAAUAACAUCCACUGUGUGCAUGGACCACGUUUUGUUUAUCCAUUCAUCUGUGGAUGGACAUACUGGUUUCCACCUUUUGGCUCUUGUGAAAAGUGCUGCAGUGAACGUUGGUGGACAGUUUCUGUUUGCGGUCCUGUCUUCCCUUCUAUGUAUAUACCGAGGAUUGGGAUUGCUGGGUCAUGUGGUAAUGAUAAUUCUGUGUUCAUUUUUUUUUUUUUUUGGCACAGUUACAAAUUUAUUGGUCUGGAAAUACAGAUACGUACCAUGGCUUGGGUCAGGCGCACCAUAGUCUUCAAGGUGACAUCCUUGCUUUUUACCUGUGUUCAGUUUUUUUGAGGAACUGCCAAACUUUUUCACAGUGACUUGCACCAGCAAUGGAUGAGGGUUUGUUUCUCCACAGUAAAUACUGUCUGAACCACAGCCUGGAACCCACAGAGGCCAGUACAGUAUGUAUAAGGACACGUUUUGUAAAGUAAUACUUUGCCUUUCCUAUUUGCGAUGCAAUGAUAUUUUUUUGUUUUUGAAUAAAGAACUACUGGUUAUGGCUCCCUGAACUGAGUUUACAAAAAUGCAUUGCCACCUGUAAUUUGAAAAACCUGCUCUGUACCAUAGAAGACUUGUUAAAAAUCUUAAAUCUGUUUAUGAUGCCAUGGGCUCUUCCGGUGUUUCCUGCUGCUCUUAGCAGCCCUUCCGAGCUUCGUAAGAAGGUACGCCUCUUCCACAGCCUUCAGGUCACUGGGAAGGGGCUGUUCUCAGAAGUGUGGGGGUUGGACUUUCCUUCGCUGGGAAUUCUGACAAGUGGAUGGCAUGGGCCCGUUCUGGCAGCAGCAAUAUCUGGCCCUAAAACUUAAAGGGCUAUUAGCGUGUCCUCCUUAGCUCUGGGGGGGAAUCCAGGCCCUGUUAACAAGGACUGAGGCCAGACUGUCCAGUUUUGCUUGACAUUCAAACCCUCCGAUCUUUUGCCUUCGUUAUCUGUGUUUUCUAUGCAUUGAUUUUUCAGUGAAGAAAGGAUACUGUGGUCAAAUAAAACUAGAUUCCCUCUCCCUCUGGGGGGGACUCUGCAUAUUGGCCUACUAAGAGCUUAGAGAAGGCUGGCAGUAAAGAAAGCUUGAGACUUUGUUUAGCUCCAUUUUCCUCAGAUUUCUUUGGUCCUGAGCUUCUGCUCUCUCUGCGUCUCCUCCUCCCGCAACAUUUUACCUGUUAUUGUUCCCCAGAAAAUCUGGAGUUCUGUUUUCUCUGAGAGCCUGGCUAUUUGCUCCCCUGUUGCUGACACACGGUGAUUCCUGGCUCAGUCUGCUCAGGCUUGUCCUCUUUCUGAGGUGCUAUUUCAAGUUUUAAUGUGAGUUCUUCUGCAAGGGUUCUGCUCAAGUUCUUUUCCAUGAUGGCCUCCUUCUUGUUCCAGCUCACAAAUGAGUGGCCUUUUCUCAGAAGUUGUUGAAAGAACCCUGCUUAUAUGCCUUAGGGAGUCACUCAUGCUAUGGGGCAUUUUAACAUUUUAAUGUGUGCACAUCUUGGUUCAGUACUGCGUUACAUCAAGAGCUGGGACCACAUCUUUCUUACACUUGGAGCAUGCGCGUUGGGUCACUUUGAUGUUGCUGAAGUACAAAAGUAUAUAGAUGGUCUCUUUUUGAAAAUAAUAAGCACUAUAAUUUUGGAAUAUUGUCACUCAGUGGCCAGUGCACUAGACGUGACCUUUGGCUUUGUUCAUUCAUUCAGUAAGCAUUUUAGAACUUUAUUAUACAAGUAACAUAUGUUCAUUGUAGAGAAGUUUAGGUAACACAGCAUGCAAAAAUAUCACAUAAUCCCAUAAUUUCAACAUUUUGAUGUGUAUCCAUCCUUCAGGAUUUUCAGUGCCUAUUUCUCCAUAAAUCAAAGUUUUACCUAACUACAUCAUGUGAAAAUGCUUGGGUAGAUGGAUCUGGAAAUUUUAUUUGGAACACUGGGACUAAGAUAGUGGCUAUGUGGCCUGCAUGACAUUGGCUUUGGGGGUGUGCCCUAGGUGUACUUCAAUGGACAGCUGGUCACUCCCUGGAGUGUCUGAAGCCUGUAUGCAGGAGAUCCUGUGACUGGCUAAGAGGAGUCUGGUCCUGGCCAUGGGAAUUCGACAAUGUGACAGAAACGAUGCUUUCACAUUUGUACCCCAAGUGUCACAUGGCAGGUGACCUUGGCUGGUGACAGUUUGUAAUUGAGCAGCUUGGCGUGUGGUUCUCUGUGGGCUGUUGCCGAGUAAUAGGCAGCAGGUGUGAACUUAUUUACCUGUGACUUAAGAUGCCCCGAGCACCGCUGGGGAGGCUGGUUAGUACAAAGAAUUUUAUAACAGUUGGAUCAUGCUAUGGAAAACAACAAAAAAAACCCAAACCUGUUGUCUUUGAGUUGAUCCCGACUCACAGUGAUCCUAUAGGUCAGAGUAGAACUGCCCCAUAGGGUUUCCAAGGAGCGGCUGGUGGAUUCAAACAGCCAACCUUUUGGUUAGCAGGUGAGUGCUUAACUACCAGAGCUCCGUGCCAUGGGAGUAUCUUACUUUAUACACGUAAUUUAUCUUUUGUAUUAUUUUUAAUGGCCGCCUAGUAUUUGAUUAUUUGAACAAAUAGUUAGUGCCUAUUGUAUGCCAGGCACUAUAUUAGGUGCUGGGGCUCUGGCAGUAAGGAUAGAUAGGGUCCCUGCCCUCACUGGUUGUCAUAGUUAUCUGGGGCUGCUAUAACAGAUACCACAAAUGGGUGGCUUUAACAAAUUUAUUUUCUCACUGUUUAGGAGGCUAGAAGUCUGCAUUCAGACCUCUGACUCUAGGGGAAGGCUUUCUUUCUGUCAGCUCUGGGGGAAGAUACUCGUCUCUUUUCAGCUUCUAUUCCUCGGUUCCUUGGUGAUCUCCAUGCGGCUUGAUAUCUAAACUAAAAAACUUGUUCCCGUCAAUUCCAGCUCAUGGCGACCCUAUAGGACAGAAUAGAACUGUGCCAUAGGGUUUCCAAGGAGCGGCUGGUGGAUUCAAACUGCUGACCUUUUGGUUAGCAGGGAGCUCUACUUUUAACCACUGUGCCACCAGGGCCCCACCCUCUUCCCCCACCUCUGCUUCCUUGCUGAAUCUACUCUUUUAUAUCUCAAGAGACUGAUUUAAGACGCAUCCUACACUAAUACUGUCACAUUAACAUAAAACCCAUUCCCAAAUAAGAUUAUAACCACAGGUAUGGGGGUUAGUUAACAGUGCAAAAUUUGGGGGAACACAAUUCAUAACACUGGGUUUCCAUUCUGGGGCAAGGGGAGGUAGCUGGUAGUAGACAAGUGUACAGGCAAUAGGACACUGUGACGAAUGCUAUGAUACCAUAGCAUGACCAGAUUUUGAUUUUAAGCACUUGGCCAACCUUUGGUCCUCACGGAGCAGGUAAGUGUGGUGAUUGCCCUGAAGUGUAAGGUCACCUAACUGGGUAAUGCAGGAGCUGUGACAGCCUGGGCACCAGGAAAAGCAGUGAGGACAGAAAGUUGUUGGAGAACCUUCUGGUUGGUACUUUGGAGAGGAAAGAUUCUAGCACCUAUCAAAUCUUUGAGCCCUCCAUCCAUGUGGAAAGUCUGUCCUGGAGUUGGAUCUACUGUGUUCAGAACAUAUCAGCAUGGACUUGGGAGUCCAGCCUUUGGCUUUGGAUCUUGACUUUGUGCUUUAUUAUGUCAUUGGCCAAGUGACUUUAUUCCUGAGCCUCAAUUUCCUCAUCUGUAAAAUGAAGAUGACACCUAGUCAUGGAGUUAUACAAUCAGUGAGACAGUGUAUGGAAAAUGCUUAUCAGAGUGUGCCUGACACAGUCAAUGAAUAGCAACUUGCUGUUCCCUUUAGAUGAAAAAUAUUUAAUCCAUUGUAAUUAUUAGGUAGCUGACUUUUAGAGUUUUUCAUAGUGUAGUCCUUGACUAUCUAUGGAAUUUCUAAACUUGCUGGUUUAUUUUUAUUUUUGUUUUUAAUUGGUGAACUAUUUCAAACUUUCAGAAAAAAUUAGGAGAUUCGUAUCCAUAAACCCACCAUUUAGAUUUUAAAAUGUUCCUAUUUUUGCCAUAUUUAUCUUAUCUCUUUUUAAAACAAAACUUUGCGCAAACAGUUGAAGCCUCAUUUGUACCCCUUCCUGGUCCCAUUCCCAUUAAAUAUGCCAAACCCCUUGCCAUCAAGUCAGUUCCCACUCAUAGUGACCCUACAGGACAGAGUAGAACUGCCGCAUAGGAUUUCCUAGGAGCAGAUCUCCAGGUCUCCUGUGGAGCUGCUGGUGGGUUCGAACCCCUGACCUUUUGGUUAAUGGUCGAGCACUUAGCCCCUUCGCCAUGAGGGCCCCUCCCGUUAAGUUUAGUGCCCAUUUAUGCUUUCAUGCUAAUGUACUCCCGUUAAACAUCAGGUGUGUUAAUAAGGUAUGCUGGAAGGAAAGGGACAAAACUACAAACUACCAUUUGUAGGGAACAAAACUAAGCAGCAGCAAAGUUAUGAGCUGAGCUACUGGUUUCCUCACAUGUGAUCAGCCACCGUUACAAAAGGAAUGGCCACCGUCUCUGACUUGCGAGGUCUUUCAUGGGUGAAAACUGCAUAAUCUAACAGAAGUUCGUUCCCCUAAGAAACUAUGUGAGUGUUAAAAAAAGAACAUUUGUGUUGUCAUCCAGGAAGCAAACUGCAGUUCUAGUCUCAUGGUUCUUCACUCCCUUGGCUUUCCUACCUCAGUCUUUGAAAUGUCUCUGGGUAGCCCAUCUCUCACUUGGGGAAGUACUGAUUUAAGUCAUUAGGACUAGUUAUAGCAGUUUCCUUUAAAAAUGGCACCGGGCUACGUGGCUUUGGAACUGAUGCUAAGAGAAAUGAAAGCUGCCAAGCCCAGUGGCCACAAAAUACCAGUUGGACCAGUGAGUACAAAGGCACCUUUCCCUUGAUCAGUGGCGUGUGGUAACAAUGCUUUUUCAUCUUCAGAGGAUAACUCCAGGACUUGUCCUGGGGUCAUCGUAGGGCACUGGUUUCUUAGCUGAGAAGCAUUUUGUGUCCUGUUGGAGAAAACUCUGAAGGUAAAACCAGACAGUUCUGUGAUUUACAGAGAGCUGUAAUUGGGGGAACAUGGCAUGAGUUGGGCUGCCUAGUUAGCGUAACUCACAAUUUGGUAGCCACCUCUUAGAACUUACUUUAUAUGAAAAGCAAUUGGUAUAGUUUGUUGUUUUGCUUUUCUGGAAUAUAGCAUUGGUGGGAUGACUUUCCAAAUCACCUGACUUGAAUAGAGAAAUGGAAAGAAAAGCAAAAAACAAAGCUUUGGAAAAUAGAUACCAUCCCCCUAACUUUACGGAGCUUUAAUGUAUCAUAGAGUCAGAUUUAAGUAAUUGGAAAUUCAUUUCCAGUGGUUUUAUUUCAUUCAUUGAUUUCCCAAGAAAUAUUCUUUCGCCUCUGGCCAGACUAGCCAACCUGGUACAGUUAACACAACCUGAAGAAGCCGUAUGAAUUAUACCUACUGGUCCAGAAGCACCUGAGUUUGCUUUUCCAAUGUUGUAACGAAGUACCUUUCAUCCCUUUAUAGGACUCUGUUAUAGGUUAUUGCAGUAAUUUAAAACGCAAGCACCCAGACUCCUGACCUUGUUAUAAUAUCACUUUAUAAUUCUCAAAAUGCUUGGCUCUUGAAGAUUGUCUUAGUACCAGCCGUGUAUUCUUAAAGAGCCCAGACAAUUUGUCUUUGAUGUUUUAUUACCCGUAUCUUCUCAGCCAGUAAGACCCUAACAUUCUUACUGAAUUGCCUGACAAAAAUCCUUCAGUCCUGCCAAUAUUUCACAUCUUAAACAGGGCAUUCAGUUAUUAGCAUUCUCCACUUAAAGGAAUGCCCUUGCUUGGAGCAACGGCCAUGUACGUCUCCAUCGAGCUUUGGUCAUGGGAGCGGCUGUCUUAUUGGGUUCAUUGUUAGACCUUCAAGAUUGCCAGUGUUAUGCACAAGAGGGAUGGUUUUCCAUAUGUGACUGUCGGGCACAAAGGUGAUAAUGGAAAUGGAGGACAAGUAUAUUAACAAUUAGCCUCUCAACAUGUUGCCCUUUUUUGCUGUUAUUCAUCAGAUGAACAUCUGUCUUCUCAGUUACUAGCAGAAGUCUAGAAUGGGCACCGUUUGUUGAGAUCUUAGUACUCGACUUGGCUUUCUGCUUUAUGCUAAUAGAAUGUGAACCUGUUACAUGUUGGACUUUUUAGCUUUUCAGUAAGAUGGAUUAUUUCAGUAUAUCUGUUUAUGCUGCCAGUCAUGACCCAGGACUUUGCUGUUGACUCAGAUCUGAAGCUACCUAAGGGUAAGAGAAAUCUCAUGUAUUUGGAUUCCGUUAACACAGAACUUGUGAUAAAUUGACUUUGGAGAAGAAGCACAUAUUGAACUAACCCCCCAAAGUGAAUUCUUUGUGGAUAUUAGCAUAUUUUUUGUUCAUAGGAGUAAUAAUGAUCUGAUCUGUGCAUUGCCCAGGACUUGUGCCUGGAAAGCUUGCUGAGCCGUCCAUGUUACUAAGGUUGGGCAUGUCCAGUAUUUCUACAGAAAAGCUCUUUGGGCUGAAAACGAUGACUCAGUUGGGUUACCCAAGACCUCUGAGCUGGUGAUUUAGGACAAACCUGAGGAAACAUGAGGAGACAUUAAUCACUUUGGAUUAAUUGGGAAGCAAUAGGACUAAUCUGAAAUUUCAAUUUUUAUUUAAAUUGGCUUCUCAGGGCAAAAUUUUAAUUUGGCCACCAGUCAAAAUUUCAGAAAAGUUCUUACUGAUUCCAAAGUAAGUAGAAUCCAGAGGAGAAUAUUAUCCCUGUUUCCUCUUUUGGAUAGUUUUGACCUUUUUACCAACAUUCCCUCUUGGUUUCAUCGUUUUAAUCUAAACUGGUUUCUCCCUGAUUAGAUCUUCGUAGUGGGUGGAGGAGAGGAAAAACUAAGAUGAGGGGAAGUUACCUGUAGUACUUGUUGCCUUAAGCACCUUAUUGUAGAUUCGGAAUGAAAGGGGCACAUAGGCCUGUAAAAGGUUUUGCUUUCUGGCAACUCAGGAGAAGAACCUGGCGAGGGAGGAAGUGGACUUGUUGGCUGGCUGGCAGCUGUGUCAGAAUCUAAGCCUAUACCUGUGAGUGGAAUUGUCAUUACUUUUAUGAGAAGGAGAUUAAUCUUUGUUUUGAUUAGCUCUCUAGAAACACAGAUAAAGUCCCGAAAUUGGAAAUUGGAGAAAUAAGUUUGAAAUAAACCUCUUCUGGCCUAUGUUGGAACCUGCCGAAUGAAGGGUAUCCCAGCUCCUUGGACAUCAGAAGCACUGGGGUCUAAAAAGUUUCUUAAGGUCUACCUUCUUAUUGAAUGUUGAGGGCCUUACAGAAAAUCCUUGGAGUCCUGGCCGCCCUUCAGUGGAAUUAUCUGUCACUGCUUGCUGGAAAAAAUACCAGGUGUCUCUCACAAGAGCCUCAUGACUCUCAGGAAUUAGAAGCCUAUGCCAGGCUGACAGCUGUGAUGACACACCAUUAAAGGGCCCCUUUCUUGGUUAAAAAAAAAAGACCCUGGUGGCACAGUGGUUAAAUGUUGGGCUGCUAACCGAAAGAUCGGCAGUUUGAAUCUACCAGCCGCUCCUUGGAAACCCCAUGGGGCAGUUCUAGU